CCCCGCGCAUGCGCAGUUGCCGCCAUGGCGCCGCUCCGAGUCCAUGUCCUUUACUGCGGAGCCUGAGGCUACAAACCCAAGUUUGAGAAGCUGAAGCAGGAGCUGGAGCGGCGCUUCCCGGGAGCCCUGGCCGUGACCGGCCAGGGCACCCCAGAAGUGACCGGGUGGUUCGAGGUGACCGUGGGGACGCACCUGGUGCACUCCAAAAAGAACGGCGAUGGCUUCGUGGACAGCGACUCCAAACUGCGCAGGAUCGUCGCCGCCAUCGAGGCCUGCCUGGCCUAGGCCCCGAUAGGGGGGGCUCCGUCGCGACAUGGCGCGAUAUGGCGCGAUAUACCAGGAAAUAUCGCGAUAUCCCGUGAUAUAUCGGGAGAUAUCGCGAUAUCCCGCGAUAUAUCGGGAGAUAUCGCGAUAUAUCGCAAAACAUCAUGAUAUAUCGCAAAAUAUCGGGAGCUAUAUCGGGAAAUAUCGCGAUAUAUCGCGCGAUAUAGUGCGAUAUCGCAGGAUAUUGUGAUAUAUCGUGGGAUAUCGUGCGAUAUCACGAUAUAUCGCGGGAUAUCGCGGGAUAUCUGAUGAUAUCGCGACAUGUCGCGACAGCGCUGCCCCCCCCAGCCCCCCCCAGCCCCUCCCCCGCGCUCCAUGACGGGAAUCGCCGAAACGCCGCCGGCACCGGGCGCUGCCCCGAGCCCCCCGCGCGGGGGAGGGGAACGGGGGGGGAUGGGGGGGGCAGAGCCCGCCCUAAAUCCCCCCAAAAUCCCACC